CGGUCGCCUCGCGCCACUGCCCUCAUGCCCCGCCCCGAACCAACAUGUCGGCGGUGAGUAAGGUACCCAGUGUACCCGCUCUGUCCCGCUUCUACGGGGCCAUGGCUGGCGCGCUCUUGGGGGAUUGUAUCGGCGGAGGGUUCGAGGGCAAGGAGCUCGUUCGGCUGCAGGACGUGAUCGAAGCUGUCCGCGCCCUGGAGGAGCACAGGGAAGAGGAAGGUUCUUUAGUGUAUUCAGAUGAUACAGCAAUGACGAGGUGUGUGGCACAGUCGCUGAUUUCAAAACAAGACUUUGAUGAAAUGGAUAUGGCUAAAAGGUUUGCUGAAGAAUACAAAGAACAGCCGAACCGUGGGUAUGGAAAUGGUGUCGUUCGCGUAUUUAAGAAACUUCUAAAUCCAAACUGUAACGAUGUCUUUAAACCAGCAAGGGAACAGUUUAAAGGAAAAGGUUCAUAUGGAAAUGGAGGUGCCAUGAGGAUCGCCCCAAUUGCUCUGGCAUAUCCAGACAUUCAGGACGUUAAAAAGUUUGCGAAGAAAAAUGCUGAAGUGACGCAUGCUUCCUCACUGGGUUACAAUGGUGCUAUCUUGCAAGCCCUUGCUGUUCACCAUGCUCUAGAGGAGGAGUUGCAGAAGGACAAGUAUUUGGAUUACCUCAUUGGAGAAAUGCAGUUGCUUGAGAAUGAAGAAAAAUCUCUGUCUGAUGCAAGAGACUUUCAAGAGUUCCCUUACUGCAGUAGACUAAAGAAAAUGAAAGCAUUUUUAUCGCGAAGAGAUGUUUCAAAGGAAGAGGUAGUUAAUGAAUUGGGGAAUGGAAUAGCUGCUUUUGAAUCUGUGCCAACUGCUAUUUAUUCCUUUUUGCGAUGCAUGGACCCUGAUCCUGAAAUUCCAGAAAAGUACAAUGGACUUGAAAGGACAAUAAUCUACAGCAUUUCACUGGGUGGAGACACUGAUACGAUUGCUACUAUGGCUGGAGCAAUUGCUGGGGCUUAUUAUGGAAAAGAGCAUAUCCCGCAUUCUUGGUGGAAGAGCUGUGAAGCCUAUAAAGAUACAGAUUAUUUUGGGGAGAAACUGCGUGACUUCUACGGCAGUCGCCUCAUGUCCUCUCCAAAAACAGGAUAAAGUAAAUUGACUGGAAACAUGUUUCAUUGCUGAAAACAUGAAUAACAAAAUUGAAAAUGUAGUCAUGACAGAACGGGUCAUUCGAAUUCAGUUAAUUCUUGAAACCUUCUCUGUUUUUGAGUUAUCAAAAUUGUUCGGCUGUUUCACAUUGUCGGUGUUUUUAACUUUAAAUCGUUUUAAUGCUGAACUGAUUUAAAGAAGCUUCUGUUGUAAUUGUUUAAUGUCUUACCUGAUUCAACCACAAGCACCUAGAGUGAGGAGUAAAUUAAUAGUACAAUCUUUUUUGUUAUUUAAACAGAGCUUGUCUCACAGUCUUUCCAAAUUAAGGAUGUGAUGAAUAUUGGUAUCUUUCCUUUACUUAUGCCUUGAGUCAUGCAGCUGUUGCAACAUUUUCAAGGAUAAAUUCACAAAUGUACUAUCUUUAUUUAAAAUCUGUAUAGUCUACAUUUCGGGUUUGUUGCGUAACAGAGAGAAUAUGAUGA